GAAGAAAUACUAAAAGUUGUUUUAUUUCAUACCCAACACAGGUUUAAGUAAUUGUAUUUGAUUGUAUAAGUUAACAAGGUACCAAUGGCUCCCAAGAAUCUAAAGAUUUGGCGAAUUGAGGACUUCGAGAUGGUGGAGCAACCGAAGUCGUCAUACGGUUAUUUCUUUACUGGUGAUUCGUAUUUGGUGAUGAACGAGUACAAGGACAGUGAUGGAAAUACUGCUUAUGACCUUCAUAUGUGGAUAGGAAGUAAGAGCAGUCAAGAUGAAUACGGAUCUUGUGCUUUUCACGCUGUUAAGUUAGAUGAUGAAUAUGGUGGAGUUCCCGUACAACACCGAGAGACUGAAGGUUACGAAUCCUCUCUUUUCAUGGGCUACUUCAAACCAGCAAUCAAGUAUCAGGAAGGCGGAGUGGCAUCAGGGUUCAAUCAUGUGGAGAUUAAUGAUUAUAGUUCUGUAAAGAGGUUACUGUGGGUCCGGGGAAGACGACAUGUGAGGGCCAAUGUCGUCCCAUUGGCAUGGUCCAGCUUAAACAAAUCUGAUUGUUUCGUGUUAGACAUGGGAAAUACCAUCUACACAUGGAACGGACCGAAAUGCAACAGGUUUGAAGCAUUACAAGCAACUGUUGUCGCCAAUGAUGUACGAAGCAACGAACGUGCUGGGAAGGCGAAGGUUAAGAAACUGAACACGACGAAACAGCUCGAGGAAUUCCUUGGGCCUAUGGUUGGUUCAAUUGCUGAAGGAGAACCGGAGCCUUCUCGUGGAUCCCAUAAUGCAAAGUCUAUUAGCAGCUGCAAGCUCUUUAAGGUGUCUGACGACAGUGGGACAAUGGUAACAACACUGGUUUCAGAUAAAACGCCAUUCAAGCAAUCAAUGCUGGAUGGUGGUAACGUUUACAUCAUCAGUAAUAAAGAUGCUGCGCAGAUCUUCGUAUGGAAAGGCAAAAGUGCUUCGAAAGAGGAAAGGCAGGAAGCAAUGAAGAACGCAUCGGAGUUUAUCAAACAGGAAGGUCUACCAAGUCAUGCCAAUAUCACAGUAAUGUCACAAUUCUCGGAGACGCCACUUUUCAAAAUGAUGUUUGACGAUUGGCAAGCAAUCAACGCACAGAAGGGACUUGGUGAGAUUUGGUCGAUGAAUAAGAUUGCUAAAGUAGCGAAGGUAGACUUCGAUGCUAGUACCCUCCACAUAAGACCAGAUCUUGCUGCGAAACACCAACUUCCUGAUAAUGGAAGCGGGGAAGUAAAGAUUUGGCGUGUUGAAGGCAGUGAUAAAGCGCUUGUACCAAAAAGCACACAUGGCCAAUUCUACGGAGGAGAUUGCUACAUUGUCCUUUAUUCCUACCAACCUCGUGGUCGACAAGAAUACAUCAUCUAUUACUGGAUUGGAUCAAAGGCGACAGCUGAUGAAGUGACUGCUCUUCCUAUUCUAACGAUCAAAACGGACGAGGAAGAAUGUGCAGGAGCCGCAACACAGGUGAGAGUAAUGCAAAACAAGGAACCGCCCCAUAUGAUGAUGUUAUUCGGGGGGAAGCCAAUGAUAAUUUAUGAAGGUGGAACGUCCAGAUCUGGAGGCCAAACAGAAGCUGCAAGCACCAGAUUAUUCCACGUGAGAUCCGGUUUCACUGAGAGAUGCAGGGCGAUUGAAGUGGAAGCGAAAUGUUCUUCACUGAACUCGAACGAUUCGUUCCUUCUCAUUACGCCUACUGGCAGUUAUGCAUGGGCGGGGUUAGGAGCUUCUGAUGCUGAAAAGCGUGAAUGCAGAGAACUUGCCCGAUCGCUUGGUGCUGCAACACCCAAGGACGUAGACGAAGGAUCCGAACCGGAUGAAUUCUUUGAUAUUCUUGGUGGGAAAAUGGAUUACCCUAACCAACCUAGAACUGAGAACGAUCUUGUUCCGCCUCGUUUAUUCGAAGGUUCUGAUGCGAGCGGUAACUUUGUAGUCGAGGAAGUGGUCGGUGAAUGGAGUCAAGACGAUCUAAACACAGAUAACGUGAUGAUGUUGGACGCGUGGAGUGGGGUGUAUUUAUGGAUGGGUCAAGAUUCGAGCGCAAACGAGCAGGAAAAGUCUCAACAGGCAGCUGAGGAUUAUUUGAAUUCUGAUCCAAGUUCCAGAGACAGCUCGACCCCAGUUUACAAGAUACAGCAAGGCAAUGAACCGAUGUCUUUCAAGGGAUUUUUCCAGGGCUGGGAUCACCAAUUGUGGGCAAACUAAGACGCCGUCACUGCUGCCCGGUUUCUUCCAUCUGUAUAUAUUCUCAACGCUGUGUUUAAUUCAUACCAUUAGCAAUGCCUGAAAUAAAUACACACACACUCGUGCACUCUUUACUGUUCGGAAGUACCUUUUUAUUUGUACGUGGACUUAUAUGUAAACAGUUUCUGUUAUGUAACCCAAAAGCAUGAAUCAUAUUCUGUUUCGUAUAUACUGUUAUUGUUCUGCUAUAAUCCAUUUUGUUAUUAAACCAUAUUCAUCGUAUACUUA